GUUGAUGAAACAGAAGCCGACUGCACGUAAUGGAUAGAAUAUUCAAUGCAAAUGUGGUUUUAACUAAUGGUUACAUCAAAACUAUUUCCAGCCCUGUAGAUCUUUCUGAAUGUUAGCCAGUGGACUUAUUAAAGUUUAAAACGGAACUUACCGCGGAAACCAUAGCAGCGCAGUGCAUUUUGGGUACCCCAUAUAGGUUUUCUUGUCGUGAGCGAUUAUUCCCGUUUUGAAACAUGGCCCAACGAAAAAAAGAGAAAAUAAAAUUAGACUAAACUGACGUUUAACAUAGUCAGUGCUGUACUUUAAAGUAUUUAUGGAUGGAGUGAGAGAAAUGGCGGAGGAAAGUGGAGUGAACCCUCCUCCAGUCGAAGAAGAAGACAAGGAGAAAGGAGCGAUUUGGUGCUUGAGGAGAGUUGGUAAAAAAUGCGAAUGGCUACUUCUGAACGAAAAAACUGAGGUGACUCUUGGACGUGGGCUUGCUGUCACAUAUCAGAUAUUAUCUCUGACCUGUCCAUUGAUGAUUUCUAGAAAUCACUGUGUGUUCAAGCAGAAUGAAGAGAGUCAGUGGACAGUGACUGACAAAAAGAGUCUGAAUGGCGUGUGGAUUAAUGGAAAGCGAAUUGAGCCUGAUAAGGCGCACCUUUUGAGUGAAGGAGACACCGUUCAACUUGGAGUGCCCAUUGAAGACAAGGGAGUAGAGUAUGAGUAUGUGCUAAUUAAGGACCAGCUACAGAAUGUAGCCCCUUUUUUGCACAAAACUACAGAGCUGGACACUGAAACUGGUCCCAGGGUCAAAAGAACUAAGAGGAAAUACAGCUUUGGGGAUUCUGAGGACUCCUCCAACUCAAAAGCAAAAGUGUCUCGGAGCUCUAGUAUGGACAAGUCCGUAAGCAGGCCAUCCUUGGCUGCUGAAAUGGCUAAGCAAAGACCUAGCAGUUGUGAGUCUGAAACCCCUGGACCAAGUAGGGAUCCCCAGGAAGCUAUUCCUCUCCAAGACACACAGGACCCUACAAAGCUGCGGCUGAGUUCACAGAGUAGUGCAGAACUCUCCCUCCUGCAGGAGAACAUAAAACAGAUCCAAAAACUGAAAAUUAAAGUGAAGGAGGCAGAACACCAAGCAGCUUCCCUUCAGGCCCAACAUGUACCUGAAUCACAGCUGAACCAGGUAGAGGAGAAGCUAAAUGUUCUGAGAGGACAGCUGCACAUUGAACAGCAGCAGCAGCUGCUGAGAGUUGAGAUGCUGGAGAAAACGUUUUGUGAGGAGGAGCAGCGGCUGGAGGAUGAGAAGAAGCUUCAAGUGGAAGAGAGUUUGGAAAAUAAACUGGAUUUGGCUUUGCAAGAGCAUCGAAAGGUGAUAGAAGAGCUGAGACGUUCCCGAAAAGAUUUUGAAGAGAUCAUCCAGGCCAAAGAUAAAGAACUGGAGGAAACCAAGGAAGAGAAGGAGAAGGCUAAAGCCCAGAAAGAAGAAGUUUUAACUCAGAUGACUGAAGUGUUGGAGAGUGAACUGCAGUGCAUCGUCUGUUCGGAGCUUUUCAUUGAGGCUGUCACAUUGAACUGCGCUCAUAGCUUCUGCUCGCAUUGUAUAAACCAGUGGAGGAAACGGAAGGAUGAGUGCCCCAUUUGCAGACAGAAUCUGUUUUCCCAGACUCGCUCUCUGGUUCUCGACAACUGCAUUGAUAGAAUGGUGGAGAACCUGAGUUCGGAGAUGAAAGAGCGACGUGAAAGCCUGAUUCGUGAACGUAAAGCUCAGCCAGUGGUAAGGGUCGUGAUAAACGAUGACGACGAGAGCAGUGAUUUCUCAUCCGGAAGCAGCACCUCUUCUGUAGUGUCCACUGAAGAAAGCAGCAGCAGCUGGGGCUCUGACACCUCUAGUUCCAGUGAGAACUCCUCGUAUGAUGGGUUUUACAUCAUCUAGGCAAAGUUGACCCUUCCAGUCCUUGUCAUGUUCCAGCCAAUUGUGUAAUUGAACCAAUUAAACCGCCAGCCAGGUCCUGAAGUCAUUGAUUCUUUUAAUUUUACCUAAUAAAACCUCAAGUGGAAUGGCGCUCCCAGGAUCGGGAUAUGCCACUUGUGA